AUGCUUAAGAAGGUCCUUCUGUUUGGAGUUUCGGGGGCAGCGCUCCUGACUGUGGGCAUCCUCGUGGGGCAUUUUGGGAUAUCGCAGGACUCAACUCCAGCAUGGGUGAAAGAGGUGUCCCGGGAUGUGGACGAGUCCCUGAUUGAGCAGUUCAUCAAGGAGGUGGACAACAAGAACAUUGAGCAAAACCUGAAGACUCUGGCGUUGGAGCCCCACAUGGCCACCACUCCCGGGGAUGAGAAGCUGGUGAAGUUCAUGCUGGAUCGAUGGAAGGACCCCAACACCGGGCUGGAUGACGCGUGGAGACAGACCUACAAGGUGUUCCUGUCCUUCCCUGAUAAGAACACGCCAAACAGCUUCACAGUAGUUUCACCAACCAACACAGUUCAGUACACCAGCAGGCUCAAGGAGAAGGCCUACACAGAAGAUCAAAAUGACCCAGCGGUGGUGCAGCCCUACGCUGCGUACGCACCAGCAGGGCACCCAAAGGGAAAGCUUGUUUAUGCAAACCAGGGGAAAGUCAGUGAUUACGAAUUCCUGAACAAGACCAUUGAUCUGAACGGUACCAUUGCGAUCGUGAGGUAUGGCGGGGCUGGCCGAGCCGAUAAGGCAAUAAACGGAGCCAAGUUCGGAGUGGCUGGGGUGCUCGUUUACACAGACCCCGCCGAUAUUAACGAUGGAAAGAUGUCGGACGCUACUGAGACAUACCCCCACUCCUGGUACCUGCCCCCGUCGGGGGCGGAGAGGGGCUCUUUCAAAAGCUACUUUGGAGACCUGCUUACCCCGUACUAUGCUGCUAAAGAACACACAUACAGAAUUCCAGUGAGUGGCAUCACAGGAAGACCACCUAUCGCGACUCAGCCAAUCGGAUUUGAAGAUGCUUAUGCUCUAAUCUGUAAACUGGAUGGUGAUGAGGCCCCAGCAGCUUGGCAAGGAUCCUUUAACUGCACAUACAAACUGGGUCCUGGAUUCAGCAGCACCAGUGCGUUUGCAAACAGUGAUGUUCAAGUGAAUGUUUACAACAAAGAAGAGAUGAAAGACUCGGCCAAUGUGAUGGGGGUGAUUCGGGGAAGCGUGGAGCCAGACCGGUACGUUAUCUACGGCAAUCACAGAGACAGCUGGGUGCACGGAGCCAUCGACCCGAGCAGUGGCACUGCGGUCAUGCUGGAGAUCACUCGGGUCCUGGGGAAAAUGCUGAAGGAAGGGAAGUGGAGGCCACGCAGGUCCAUCAUUUUUGGGAGCUGGGGUGCAGAAGAGUUUGGCUUGAUCGGCUCAACAGAAUAUGCUGAGGAAUACUACAGCAUGCUGAGGGACAGGACCAUCGCCUAUAUCAAUGUGGAUAUCUCUGUUUUUGCAAACGCCACUCUGAGAGGCCAAGGAUCCCCUGCAGCCCAGAGUGUCAUCUUCACAGCAGCCAAGCAGGUGAAGACUCCCGGAUCCCAGACCACCUCUGUUUAUGACAACUGGAUGCGGUAUUCCAAUCGGAGCAGCCCCAGCUAUGGGAUCAUUCCCAGUCUUGAAUAUUUGACUGGGGCUGGCAGUGACUACGCAGCCUUCAUGCACUACCUGGGAAUCACCUCCAUGGACAUUGCCUACACCUAUGACAGGAGUAAAACCAAAGCCCGAAUCUAUCCUGCCUAUCACACUGCCUAUGACACCUUCGACUACACUUCCAAGUACAUAGACCCAGGGUUCACGAGUCACCAGACCGUGGCGCGCACCGCUGGCAAUGUGCUGCUGCGGCUGGCAGACAGCCUGGUUAUCCCAUUCAACCCCAGCGACUACGCCGAGGCGGUAGAGCAGUACUACAACACUGCCGCAGAGAACUUCAGAGACAAGAUGAACGUCGCAGGCAUCUCACUGGAACCAUUAAACGCAGCUGUAAAAAGGUUCCGUGAAGCCACCUCCUUUCUGAACCAACAAAUCCACAACUUGGACAAGGCCAAAGAAAUUCCUCUGAAGAUUCGCAAGAUUAAUGACCAGCUGAUGUUCCUGGACAGGGCUUUCCUUGACCCCAUGGCCUUCCCAGACAAAUACCACUAUCGACAUGUGAUCUGGACCUCCCGGUCUUCGGGUGUGGCCACUUUCCCUGGCCUGGCCGAUGCCUUUGCAAAGGCAGACAACAGCAGGUUAAAAAGAGACUGGGAGCAGGUCAGGAAGCACCUAACAAUAGUCAUCCAGGCCAUAGAGGGCGCUGCGUCCACAUUGGAGGCUGUGAUAUAGAGGCAUCUGGUCUGUCACCUUGAUGAGAGAAA